AUGGAUCUUCCUAACAUUGUUUCGGCCUUCCAGCGCGGCUCCUCCCAACUUCCCCGUGCGGUGCGUGUUUUAUUUAAUUACACCAACCCGCUAUCGGAACGGGAGGCGGCGCAGUUGGCGGAGUACAUGCAAGAACACGAGGAGGAGGCAGAACCACAACACGAGGGGGAAAUCCCUAUUGACAUUAAAGCGAUGAUGGAGCGGCCGCUUCACCGCCUCCCUGCCGUUGCGGUUGUGCAGUGUGUGUUGGGGGCUGCCAAGACGCCGAGUUUCCCUCUUGUCUACCAGCGCCGCCUGCAGCGUCAGUUGCUACACCUGGUCGCCAAGCACACACCACUCACUCUGGAGGAGUGGCGGGCGAUAUUUCAAAACACGGCGGCGCUGCCAAUGGGAUACUCCGCCACCGCCCUUCGCUGCGCAGAGGAACUGCUGAAGGCCGCAGCGCCAACCGUAUUUGAUGCCGCCAAGACAAAGGCGGCUGCAAAUACCACACGGGAGGAAGUGCAGGUCCUUUUUGUAAAGAUCUUUGCGGCUGUGGUUUCACACUAUGCGACCAGACAUGCGGGGUGUGGAAAACACUCAACUUUGCCCGAUUCACUUGAAAUUCCGAAGGGAAAUGAAAAUUUCUUGACGAGUGGUCCAGUGCGACGUCUACGACGUAUUAUGGAUACAUACUGUAGUCAUAAAAGGGAUGAAUGGAAUGUAGCGGUUCAGAAGUUGUCACCAGCAGAAAUACUAACAUGUUUUGUAACAGCUCCAUGGCCUUCUCCAGUCUUAAAGGAUACAGUAUUGCAAGUAGUGAAAAAUACACCAACUCUGUUAUUUCGACUUUUAGGAAAACGUCCUGUUCCUGGAUCUUUGUUGGUAGAAUCACCAUCUGAAGUUAUACAAUCUUGUAUGUAUAAUAUGGGACUUACAAACUGUUCAUGGAAUAGUGCCCGUGAUUAUCUUUCAUUGUUUUUGGCUAUUUCAAAUGAAAACAAGACUGAAUACUUUAAAAAUAAUGGAAAAGAUGGUUUUCUGCAGUUAUUAACACCUUUUGUGAAUAACUCAAAAGUUUUAACAUCAGCAGUGGCACAAGAGUGGCAGGAAUCUUAUACAUUACUUUUCCUUCAAUCAGGUUCAGAAGAAGAAUUACUUCCUUUGUUUCUAGAAGCUGCAUCCUAUUUAGUAUUAAAUAGAUGCCGAACGGCUACAGAGAAAGCAGCUAUUAUGACUCUUACAAGUUCUAUUAUACAUGCCAUUUCCGAGAGUUUAUUAUCUGUAAUACCUAAAACUAAUCUUGUUCGCAUGAUUGAAAGAGAAUUGGCAAGUCCUGCUAAUGAAGCUGCAUUAGCUGCUUGGAAACUUCUCCAAGUAAGUGGAGUAGAAAGCGAAGUUGAAGAUGAGAUGCGAACAGCAUUAAAAAGUUCUAAAACCAAUGAAAAUCUAAGACGAGCUAUGCUUAUACAUAUCUCUUCUUCUCGAGCACCAGCAGAUAUCAUUUCAGAUCUUACAGAACCUUUAUUAGAAGAAUGUGGUGAAGUGGAAGUUUAUCGUCCAGAUGCUUUUCUAGCCCUUCGACUUUGUGUACAACGACGAUCAGCGGUAAUACCAAAAUUAUGUGAUAUUUUGUGUCAAUCUGAUGUAGUUGGACAACUUGGUAACAAUACAGAUGAAUUGGAUGCUCUUGCUGAAACUGCAAUUGCACUUGCAAAGGUUAGUUUAUUUGCUCCUAUGGCACUUUUACUAACACAUAAAAGUGGACUCUUACGACGACGUCUCUCUAACUAUCUUAUUGGUAUAACGAAUGAUGCGAGUGCUGUUAUUGCCUUAUGGGAUAGUCUCACACAUGUGGUGUUUGGACUUGAAACGAAGGAAAAACCAAAGAUAUUAUCAUCUAAUGCCAUUACUGCACUUGUUAUUGUUGCUUCAGCCCUUUUACGGCAUACAGCUAAGACGGCGGUGUCGACAACCCUUUUUGAAAUUGUUCUCUGUUGUGGACAUGAUCAUAUUCAAGGUGAAGAUCCUUAUUAUUUUAAUCAUAAUGGAACUUUAUUAGGUCGUCAUCGAACAAGUUCUAAAUUGGUAAAUUGGCAAGUAUUUGAACGUCUCUUCAGUGGAGAACAUAAACAUCUCUUAACAUUGCAUACUGAAACUAUUGCAGGAAAAUUAUGUGAAAUUUUUAAUAGUUCCAUGCAUUUAAGUACUGCCGCUAGUCGUGGAUUAAUACUUUUAUUGGGUUUUAUGAACACUCUCUCGUCAUCACAACGGGCUUUUGAGAAACUUCUUAAGGUGACUAAAGAAUCUGUGGAUUAUAUGAUCUCUCUGGAUGCACGUGAUCGUGCCAUUGCAGCCUCUUCAGUCUCAGCACUUAUGGAUUACGAAAAUCACGCACUUCGAGAACAACAACUUCUUAAAACGUAUCCUAAUAAACCACCUAAAGGAAUGUCAGAAGAUGAUUAUGAGGAUAUGAAACGAAAAGAUGCUAUUGCUCUUGAAAAAGGUCGUGAAGUGUUACGUAAAGAAAUUGAAAAACGUUCUCGAGUUAUUGAAGAAACUUUACGUCAGCAUAAAACACCAUUAGUAACUAUUCGAACUCUUGGUACUUCUGGACGUUUUAAAUUAGAAGGUAUAGAAAUAUUAUAUCCUUAUCUUCAAUCUACACUUAAUCGUGAAGAUAUUCCUGAAGUACUUGAAUCUUAUCUUGUAGAUGCUAUUAGUGGUUUACUCUCACGUACAGUUUUUGCUCCCAUGAUAGAAAAUAUGGCCCGUACUGUAGCUAAACUAUACAAUAAAGCCUCUCUUACUCCAGAGGAUGUUUCACGAAUUUCAACCAUGGCAUUACUUCUUCGUCAAGCAGUUACUCAAAUGAUUCCAUCUCCUCUUUUUGUGGUGUUAUUACCUUUUUCACAAGUUGCCUUUAAAGCAGGUCGUGGUGGAAAUGCUGUGAAAACGACAAUACCUGUGGCAACACAACAUCAAAUUAUGGGAGUACUCUUGCAAAAUCUUGGACAAUCUCAGUUACCACAACCUACUGAAACAUUACAACUUCUUACUACAAUUCUACAAAGUUUUCCAUCACUUUUUAAGAGUGUUCAGCAAGGUAUUAACUUGCUUAUGACUAUGAUUCCUGCUUCUCAUCUUAAUGCACUUGAAUUUGGUCUUUUUAACAAUGCUGAUGCUGUAAAAGAAGUUACUGCUGCAGCUUAUCACAGAUUUUCUCACUUUUUAACUUGUCGACGAGCAUUGGUUUUGGCAGCCAUAUGUCUUCAUAAUACAUCUGGAGAUGUGAGUAAAUCUAUGCGUCUUGUAACAGAGGACCCUAAUUAUGGUUUUUCACUAAAUCCAAAUGAUUGGAAUGAUCUUAUCUACUAUUUAAAGAAUUAUGGUCAACAACAAAAAUCUCAUGCUACACAAAUUGGUGAGGCGAUGAAAGAACUCUUUGUUUUACCUUCUACUACAGAAUCCCAACAACGAUUAUGGUUAGAGGAUUUAAAGAAUUUAGGAGGAUUAGGUGCCGUUGUCGCUAUCCAAGUAUUAUCUCCUUCUUUAAAAGGUGAAACCUUUCAGGAUGCUUUAUUAUUUCUUUGUAGUAUGGCAGAAUCACCUUGUACAGAAUCACUUAUGCGACUUAUAUUAGCAUGUGGAAGGAUAGUUUUACAUGAUUGUUCAUUGGAAACUCUUAAAAAAAUGGCCCCAACACUUCAAGCACGUCUUUCUAAACCACCAAAAGAUAUAACCCCUGCUCAUAAGGAGUUAUAUCUUGCUAUUUCUACUGUAUGGUUAACUAUUAUUAGUUGUCGUCUUAAGGAGACCGUAUUAUUAGAAUCUAUUAUUGAACAACAAAGUAGUACAUUAAAUAAUUCUAAUUCUGCUAUGGUACAUCGUGUGGUAUGUGAAUCUAUGGUUGAAAUUACUCAAAAUGAUGAUGUUCGUGCAUCACCCAAGUUGGAUGAAUUUGUUGAAAAAUGUUUAAAACAAACUAUUCAUUCUGGUUCUUAUAUUAAAAAGAAAGCACAUGCCUAUGGACUUGUAGGAGUUCUUCAAGGUUUAGGACUCCCUUCACUGCGAAGAUAUCACAUUAUGGAAACUAUGCAAACAGCAAUAAGAGAAAAACAAGCAGAACGAUCUGGAGUCAUGAUAUUGUUAGAAGUCAUGUCAGAAGUGAUGGGAGCUAAAAUUGAGCCCUAUGCACUUGCAAUGUGUAGUGCAUUACUUGAAGGGGUGGCUGAUAAAGAUCAGAAAGUAUCCGAAUGUGCAGAUGAUGCUUCUCGGGCGAUGGUAAGUGCUCUUACAGGAGUAGGAUUACGUCAAUUAAUUCCACGUCUUGUAGAUGGUCUUUCAGCAGAACAGGCAAAAAUGCGAGUUCCACCAUUAAAUUUUAUUGGUUAUGUCGCUUUUUGUUCACCUAAACAACUUGCCGCUACAUUACCAGAAAUUACAAAACAUAUUAAUACUUGUUUAUUUGAUGUGAAUCAUAAUGUCUCCGCGGCUGCUAUGAAUGCGUUAAGGCGUGUGGCUGGUGUUGUCUCAAACACAGAAAUUCGAGAACAUGUGGAAGUAAUUCUUUCGGCUUUACGUUCUCCUAAUACAGAGACAGAGAAUGCAUUGGAUGCUUUACUUUAUACACGUUUUGUGAAUGCCGUAGAUCCCGCUUCACUUGCACUUAUUAUCCCAAUUCUUGCACGAGGUUUAAGUAAUCAAAUGCCACAUACUCGUCCUAAGGCGGCACAAAUUGUUGCAUCUAUGGUAAGUCUUGUAAAUGAUCCAAAAUCCCUUAAACCAUACUGUGAAGAACUCGUGAAAUUACUUGAAGACGCUGCAGAAGAUCCAAAAACAGAGUCUCGUACUACAAGUGCUAAGGCUAUUGCUGCCCUCGCUGCUGCUAUCGGUGGAAAAAUAGUGGAUGACAUCGUCGCAUGGUGUUUUACUACAUUACAAAAACCUCACGUUAGUACUGUAGAGAAAGCAGGAGCUGCUCAAGUUUUUGUAGAAGUUGUAGAAAGUUGUGGUGAUGCUGUUUUACAUGAUUCAUUCCCUACUAUAGAGGCAGGUAUGAUGGAUGAACGACCACCUGUGAGAGAAGGUUUCUUACACAUUAUGGUGUAUUCUCCUUCUACUUUUAAUCCUACUACAUUUCAAAGAUUUUUACCUUUGGCAUUUCCAUGGGUUUUGGAAGGUCUUUCUCAUUUCUCUGAUCGAGUUCGUGAUGUGGCAUUGGCAGCAGGUUCAAGUAUUAUUAACCUCUACGGUACACGUAAUCUUUCUUUGGUGCUUGAUCCCUUGUUGGGUGGUGUUGUAAGUGAAGUGACAACUCUUCGUCAGAGUUCUAUGUUACUUGCUUCAAAAUUACUUAUUCAUUUGGUUCAGCAAAUUCGUAAGAAAAUGCGUAUUCAAGCUGCUAAAGAAAGUGUUGCUGGAGAUAGUGAAAGGGCAGAAGAAUUGGAACAAGUACUGGAACAAGAUGGGGAAACUGCUGAAGAUGGAGAAGUAAAUAAUAUGCUUCAAGUGGAAACUGCUAGAGAUGUUGAAAAAUCUGGUAUUUCAAUAUUAGGUACUCUUGAGGAAGUUUUGGGUACAGAUAACUUUGUACGACUCUUGGCAGCAAUGUAUUGUGGACGUCAUGAACAUAAUCUUAAUGUGCGAACUGAAACUAAUAAUGCAUGGCAAGCAUGUGUGGCAAGUAUUCGUACAGCUGUUCAUAAGAUUUUCAGAGGUUUGGUGGAUAUUUUGGUAUUAUUUGCCUCUUCUGAAAGUUUAGAUUGUGUGGAAAUGGCAGUAAAGAGUAUUGAAUUUACAUCUCGUUUAAGUGAGAUGACAGAACCAUUUGUUGAUGCCUUAUGUGAUCGAUAUAAGGAUGAUAAACGCCGUAGUAAACUUGGUGCUCUUAUUUGUCUUGCAAAUAUUGUGAUUUAUGUUGAUUCACGACGUCUUAUUAGUAUGGGUGGUCAAAUUGUUGGAUGUGUAUUGCCUGGUAUGCAGGAGAAAGACACAAAAGUACAACAAUGUGCACGUGAAGUUUUUGCAAAGGUAUCCAAAUCUGUUGGACCAAGGUUAAUUGAAGACGCAAUUGAAGCUCAAAUUGAAACCUCUGUACGUGGUGUGGUAGAAGUAGUAAAGGUAAAACCAAGUGUUGCUCUUGAUAUUGUGUUUAAGUAUCUUGCACGUCAAACUGAAUAUACACAAGGUAAUCUUAAUUUAAUUGAUGCUAUUCUUGAUGUGGAAGAGGCGGAUGAACAAAUGCGUAAAUACGUAGAGGAUAUGAACCGAACACUCCUUGCCUUCUUGGUACAACGUAUUGAUGGGGCUAGUGAAACUUAUCAAAAAUAUAUUGAAAAUCUUGAUCGUGAAUUUGAACAUUUACCUAUGGAUCAUUGGCAGAAGGCUUUAUGUAUGCCAGCUACACGUUAUGGGGCAUUACUUGCGGCAGAAGCAUAUGGUUUAGGUGUUUCUUUAGAUUAUAUUGAAGGUAUUGCCGCAGUAUUCCGUGCAGCUAUUGAAUCACUUGGUAGUGAUGAUGAAGAAUUACGUAGUCUUGCCGUAUCUAUGAUACCACGUCUCAUGGCAUCACUGGAGCAACGUGUAGUUGCCUCUCUUGAAGAAGAAGAGCAAAAAGAUCUUACAACAAGUAAACGAACUGCAGGAAGAUAUUUAUUACAAUACUUGGACGUUUUUCAAGAAACUAUUGGUGUUACAGCACGUGCAGUCGUUACAGAGGAAGAACCAGAGUUUACUGUACUUGGAGAAGGACAACCUACACGAUUAUUUGAUGCUCUUAUGGCAUUUUAUAAUAGAGGUCUUGACUAUGGUACCUCUCUUCAGAAAAUUCAAUCAGUGGAAUGUAUUCAAGAUUUGCUUCUUUAUGCACCACGUACUGUAAGUGCAGGUGCAGCAAAUACGGUUGCAGGACGUUGCUCAAAGGUAUUAUUUACUCGUAAUGAAGGUACUGUGGUUCUCGCACUUGUUAAAUUAUGCUUGCAACUCAUGAAUUACCCUGCCAGUGGUAAAGAGAAAAUGGUGGAAGGUACUAUGGCUCUUGCUAUGUUUAAUGCUGCACUUUGCGACGCUGGUGAAGCACGUGUAUUGGCAUUACGUGUUGUUAUUCAAUUACUACAACGUUCGGAGAAGUAUGCUGAUCUUAUUCUUGGAACUGUGGUAACCAAGAAAUCGGCGGUAGAUACACCUCUGCUUCGUGGUGUUAUGUGCCGUUUUAUAUCGGUUGUUAUGCGAUAUAGUAACUUUACCAAGGCCUUAACUCAUAUUACAAAAUUAAUGGAUAUUGUUCAGCCUAUCUGGGAACGUGCUGAGACACCAGCGACUACGGCAGUUGCUGGUGUGGCUGUUGCAGCUCUGUGUAAGUCUGCGAGCAUCACAGAUGAACAAUUUGCUGUACUGAAGGAAAAGGCUUUGACAAUGAUGUCCAUGAAGAGCAGCGCUGUCCUUGGUGGUAUCGCAUUCGCAUACUCUCUUCUCACAAGUUGUCCAGAGCGCGUCGAUGCUGCCUUUGUUCGGGCGGCCACCAACAGCCUCCAAGCGGUGGCGGACUUUGGUGUGAGUGAUAAGUUGAGCAUCACGUGGAUUCUGCGGGCGGCGGCCGCACUGCUGGGAAGUGGACUCCUCGACGCUGGCGUCUUCCGGCCGGAGGUGUACGUCCCGCUGCUGCGGCGGGUGGAUGCGAACGACGAGAUCAUGAUGAGCACCGCGCAGUAUUACCACGACGUGCUCGCGGCGAAACUCCCGGCGGCGGCUGCGGCGGUGGCGAACCUCCCGCGCGAGGCGAGUGCGGCGUGGGGAGUUGUGGGGCACUUCGACGCCGACCUCGAUGAUGAGGUGGCCGCCGACACGGUAUACUAA